AUGCCCGCGGGGAGGGGCAGAACCCUCACCAGCGAAAGGAUACGAUCCUCUCGGAGGGCAGCCAAUGCCGGAGCAGAAGGGGCGGCGAGAACCCCACGGGCGCCAAAGGGCAGUCCGUUCCGCCCCAGAGGCAGGGAGCUGUGCGCGCUUCCCCGAGUCCCCCUGAGGCGCGGUCGCCGCGCCCUGGCUCCGCCGCCCCCCGGAUACCCCGACUUCGGCCCGAGCCCCGCCUCCGCCGCUCGGCCCCCUCGGCCCGCCCCGGACCCGCCGUGGCGGCAGCGGAGUGUCACGGCGCCAUUGCUCUCCUGCCUCCGCUCUGCACCAUGUCAGGGAGGAGAAGCGGUUCUUCACCUGCAGGGGCAGGGGCCGAGGCCUUCAGCCGGGAGGCGCGGGAGCGAGGGGCGAACCGCGAGGAGGAGGGGGCCGGAGGGGCGGAGAGGAGGAGGGGAGGUGGCCCGGACAGGGUGUGGGAGGGGAGGGGAGCCGCACAGCGGCAGCCACCGCCUCCUCCCCGCGGCCGCCUCAACUUUUUGUACAGCCCAGAGCGGAGCCUACCCCCGGUGCUCCGGGUCCUGCCACGGACUCCGCAGCGGAGGGCGCGCCGCGGAGUUGGGGGCCGGCUCCCCGAAACAGCCCGCUCCUCAACGCGCGGAGGCUAACUUAGCGGCGCGACCAGCCCCACAGCCAUUUUCCCGGGGCAGCGGCCGAGGAGGCGGCUGCGGCGGCGGUUCCUGCAGUUGCUGCCCCUGCUCCUCGGCUUGCCGCUUCCCCUGCGCUCGCCGCACCGCUUGCCUAGCAUCCGCCUCCCCACCUCCAAAGCUCCCAACUGCACCGGGACCCCAGGCAGCAGCACGAGCUGCUCCUGCCGCUCCGUCCAUUCACUCUCCUCCGCUUCCCUUCUCCCCACCUACCAACUGCAGGGUAAGUGCGCGCUGUCAGCUCCCGUGUCCUCCGCCCCACCGACCCCCGUGGGCCCCUGUCCGGGCAGCACCACUCCCGGCGGCGGCGGCGGCGGCGGCGGCAGUUCCUGCGCCUGGUUCCCCACUCGUCCAAUUUACUGCCACAAUCCACCAAAUAACAAGCUGUUGAGCAGACUCGCUUCUGCACGAACUCCUAUUGGCUGCUCAUGACGCCGAAGAGCUUCGGAUUGGAGCUCGUUACCUGCCGUCCUCAUUGGAUGUAACUGUGAAACUUCACGGAUUGGUGAGAAAAACAGCAGGUAGGGCAUCUUCCACUUCUGACUGGCUGUCUCCGAAGGCUAACGUUACUGGAGAAUCAGGUAUUGAGUAAGCAACUCCUGUAAAACGAUUGGUAGAAACGACUCCGGAUGUGCUUUACUGAGCAGUGAUUGGUAAAUUGAAGGGUCAGGAAGAGCAGUUCGGCACGAGGAUUGGUGGUGCAGUGUCCCAUGGAAACCGAACCCGGAGCUGCAGCCAGGAUUUGCACGGGGGCGGGGCACGCUCUUUCCAAAGCGCCUGCGCAAAGCCGGCCUCUCGGCGCCAUUUUGUCUGAGCAGCAGUGGAUGCAGCUCUAUCGCAGUUUAUGUUUCUGGCAAGUUGGUCUGAAGAAAACAGGACCUCUCAGUCACAAAUAUUUGAAGUAGAACUGAGAGUAAGCCUCAUUUUGUGGAAAAAUGAAGAUGUUCCAGUUUUAAAAGACCAGGAUUUGCUGUCUGUUAAAAAUUCUGUUUCUGGUCCCUUUGUGAAUGAUAGAAAUGUCUUAUCAGAUAAGUGCUUUUAUAGUCUGUGUAUUUUAUUAUUUGUAAUCUCUAAACCAAAUCUCUUAAAACUUUUUUUUUUAGGUACCACUAUCAAGGUUUACAGCAACAAGGUACUCAAUCUUUCUGAAAAUAAAUUUGUAGUCUUAUCAAAGUAAAAUGUACCAGGUUUUUUUUUACCUGAGGCUAAUCGUAUCUCAGUGGUGCAGUUAACAAGUACCCUUAUAAUUGAACCUAGAUCAUUUGUUAAUCAUGUAUAUAGUAUGUAUAAAAAUCAAGUUGUCCUUUCUCAUAAAAUCUAGGUGUGUCUGCUUAUGUAAUCUUAGAUUUUAUCUGACGUUAUGAUACCAGUGAUAGUUUUCAGGUGGCUUAGCUGCUCAAAUUUAGGUUUCUUUAGAACCAGUGUCUUAUUAUUUUAAACAAGGUUACUAGUUUCAUUGAUGUCAAUUUAAGAACAGAUAUACUCAGCACGAUGUUAAAAGGUUCAUGUGCCAAUUCAUACUUUGGAAGUUUUAGAUAAGUAUGUAAUGGCCAUGCAUUGGCUUAGGGGUACUCAGCUUAUAUCCAUAGAUAAAUCCAAGCUAAUAUUGUUCAGGUGUUAUCCAAGGCCAACAUUGAUGUCAAAAGAGUUAAUUCAUUUUUUUUUAUGAGUUAAAAUAAAAUGUAGCAAGUAAUUUUACAUAAAAGCAGUUGUAUGAGGUAAUUGUUUUUUGAGUUGUUUGUAUAGUAGUUAGCUAUUCACAUAAAAUGAUUUGCUCACACAGAUGCUCAAAGUCCAACAAAUACCCUGCUGCUAAACUCAGUGACUAGAUUACCUUCUUAGGAAAGCGCUAUAGUUGAGUGGAGUGGUACUGGCAUGAGCCCAAUGAAGGGUGUGUAUAGCUGGCAUACUUGGCCUGAGUUCACAUUGUUUCUUCCUGAUGUGAGUGCUACUGUUCAGGUUAUGACAGUUGUUUUUACAAGCCACAACACUGAUUAUUAACAGAGCAGUUCCACAAAUUUAAUCUAAUUUCAAAGCCUCUUUUUACAAUAUUUUAACGAAAUUUUGAACUAGGCAUAAAUCUACAUUUUAAUGCUAAGUAAAUAUGUGCUUAGUUCCAACAGUUCUGUUAAGCAGACUUCAAUUUUUAGCAAGACAAAAAUUUAUUGAAAAUUGGUCAGUGGUAUGUCAUAAUCCACAGAGCUAAACAGUUACACGAGACUGUAUUAGAAAUUUAAAAUUAAUGCUGAAGUGUAUGUUACAUGUUAUCAUCAUCUGAUUCAUCUUCUUCCUUCAAGGAUUCCUGUUAAAAGAGAAGAUUUAAAAAUUGAUUUUUAAUAUUUUAAAGCAAUCUGAAUCUAAUAAAGUACCAAUUAAAAAUACUUUAUAACUGACAAAUAAAAACUAGUUUAGAAUAAGACACCCAAGCAAAGAAAAGGAUAGUUGAGGAUAGCUUCACACAAUCUUGAAAUCAUUAAAUGUCCUGAAAAACCCUUGCCAUUUUCACACAAAAUUUUUGGAACCAGGGCAACAUUAUCCCCACUGAAGAUAACCUAGAAACUUUCUAUCCUUAGUUUCAUUCAACCGUUGUGUUAUUUAAUAGAAAUCAACCAAGUUCCUUUAUUAUUCAGCAUUUACUUUCUUGAUAACUACAGCCAGAGGAGUUUUCAUGCUAUGGCUUACCUUGGCAUAUUUCUCUGCUUCUUCCCUGAUAUCCUUUGGAACAAUUUCAUGUCUUCCUUUAGUUACUGUAAAUUAAGCCAUAUAUUUAAGUGAAUUAAAAAUGAGGACUAUAUUGCGAUUUGCAGUACCAAAUAACCUACCAUCUAAUGUUAAUACUGUAAAAUUGUACUGUGAGAAAUGCUUUGACUCAUCUUUGUUUUUGCCACAGGAGAUAAAACUGCCCAAAUUUAGCUUUUAUGGAAAUGAAUAAAUUAUGCUACAAUUUAUCCUGAUGCUUUGAAAAAUACUGAGCAUUGAGUAUGGGUGCAGUUUGAUGAGAUCAAUUCCUUUUUAUAAGGGGUGGGAAGGUUUAGUCUAGUUGCCACACUAGAAAGAAAAAAUUGAUGACUUAGUAAUAAUACUUUUAAAAACAAAGAAUGAAUGUUUCAAAAAUUAGAUGACCUAUUUACAGCAUUAGUCAAUUUUUAAGCAGAACUUUCCCUUCAUAAAGACUACCUGGUAAAUUCGUUCUGUCUUUGUAUAAAAAGGCACCUAGUGGUGUGACCACAUUUUGACAAUACCUACUGCAGUGGGACAUAUGCAUGUUUCAUGACUCAGCAAUUCCACUAAUACUCGUGUAUUUCCAAAAGAAAUGCUACAUAUGUGUACCAAAUAUUUGUACAAGAUGUCCAUAGCUGCAUUAUUCAUUAUAGUUAAACACUGGGAAGAACCCAACUGUCCAGCAACAGAGGAGAUGAACUGUGGUAUAUAGACAUCAGACUACUACAGAGCAAGGCAACUGAACAAAUAGUGCUAUACACAGCAACACAUGAUUCACACAAAUACGGUAUUAAAAGAUAUCAAGAACAAAAGAAUAUAUAUUGUUUAAUUCCAAUGAUAUGAAAUUCAACAUUUCCUAUCAUGAUCAGAACUACUGCCUUUGGGGAGAAGGUAAAAAGACCAUGCUUUCAAGGAGGCCUAAGGGGUGAUCUGGUCUGGGCUAUUAGUUGACCAGAGCAGUGGUUACAUGACUGUAUUCAUUUUGUGACAGUUGUCCAGUUUAUUAUUUGAGUACUUUGCUGUGUCAUUAACCAAUUUUUUUUUUUUUUUUACAAAGAAAGGCACCCAGUGGUCUGCUGGGUUUGGUACAGAUGACAUAAAGUAAAUAAAUGUACAAAAAAUAACUUACUUUCACCAACCCAGCUGAGCUCUAGUUCAAAAGCUUUAUCCUUAACUUCAUCAUGUACUAUGUAAAUUCUAAAACACAAAAGGGAGAAUUUUUAAUUAAAUUCAUUUGACCAUCUACAAACAUUGAAGUUGACGUAUAGUCAGCACAAAUUGGAAUACUUAAGUAUUUAUAAAAUACUUAGUUUUCUAGAACUAAAUAAAAUAGUGUUUUGUGUUUUGUGUUAUUAAGUGAUGAAGGUGUGGUAAGGGCUAAUUUCCAGAAGCACUUGUGAAAGAAACAGUUUAUUGUGUUAAACUGUUGUACAAUUCAUUGAACGUUAUUUACUGUCUAAGUGGUUCUGUUGUGUGUUGUCAAUGUUCCUCAUUUGCUGCUAACUGACAAGCAUAGAGGGGAUUCUGCUUAUUCACAACUGGAAAGGGGAAGGGACUCAAAAGUAAAAGGAUGGAUUGUCAGUAGCAAGAGUGAUAGGGGACAAUCAGGACAAAAUUAUAAAACAAGGUUUUAAUAGCUUAUUAAAAUGAUCAGAUUAGAAGAGAGUAAGGGUACCAUUUAGAUAUCUAAUUCAUUAUUAGAUAAUAGAGCCUUCUAGGACUUUUUUCUUGCAUGUAUUACGAUGUAAAACCUGAGACACAGGCACAAACAGCUAGCUGACUGAUUAGACAACAUUCAUGUAGUUGUAAUAUGGAACAGCUAGAGGUGCUAUGAAUUCUCUGGAAUAUUAAGUUUAUUACUUUCAGUCUGAAAAACUGGCUGUAAAACCAGCAUUUCAGUGAAUUUUUUUGAAUACCAAAUGCCUGCAUUCUUUUGAUCUAGUAGAAUCAUGAAUUUGAAAUACUGCCUCUCAGGUUUACUGACUUCAUUGCUUCCUAUUAUUGUUGCACAGCAUUCUAUGCUAUGUACCUGUAGGAUGAACCACUUCAGGCCUUCUUAAGCUGUUUUUAAAUGUUUUGAAAUACUGCUCUUCUCAUCUAAUUAGAACUUAUGAUUAACAUGUCAUGCCCAAAGAACCAAGAUUACACAAAUGAGCCAGCUUCAUGGGUCAUGUACAGAAUUAGCUAUAAACCUAAAAGUUUGCAAACUAAGAUUACUACUUUGGGGGCUCUGAACAUUUGAAAAGUUGGAAGCUUUCAAAUGAAGCCCUUAGUCUACCUCCAAUCCUUUUUUACUCUGUCACUUAAAUAGGAGUUUAUUUUGUCAAAAGCUAUUUUUUUCCUAUCCCAUUCAUUGUUAUUUAAAAUAUGGAGAUUCUUUCCCUUAAUGGGGCUUAGAAAUCAAAUCAGUCACCUUUUAAAAAUUAUGCAUUAAGUUAUUUUCAAACCAAACAGCAACCUUAGGAUUAAUGUUAAGGUAGGUCAAGUGAAGUAAACAGUUUUGUCACUGGUAAGAAAAAUUUCAACUUACAUUUUUGCAACUUCUUUAACAACAUCACGGCAGGUCAUUUCUUUCAUCUACAGAAAAUAAAAUAAAUUAUUCAUUUAAGAGACAAAAGAACAAUGCUCUCCACUAGUGUAACUAUUUUGAGAUUCUUUUUACAACUUAUACCAAUUGUCCAUGCUCUAAAAUAAGGAAAAUAAUCUAAAAUCCCUUGGAAGACCACAACCUAACUUUUUUGAUUCACAGUUUUAAUAUUUUAAAAUCAUAUCAAAAAACAUACUCUGAACAACCCAUGGGUACCCUGGAUUUUGUGGUAUUAAAAUUUAUAAAAAUCCAGACCCCUUUAUCAAUCUUCUCAUAGGCAGACCCUGAUACAUAAAGAUUACAGAGAAGAUUUCUUUUUCUCUAGUCAAUUUAGGAUAAUAAAAUAUAAACAAACAAUGAAUUCCUACUAUACAAGAUACAGAUGAAGGAGUGAGACAGAGUACCUCAUGGAAACUAUUCAAGACAAAAUUUAACACAUGCAAAUGUCAGGAAAAGCUCUACAAAACAAGGUUUGAGAGGUUUCUUAGAACAUAGUUGGGUUUGGUUUCAUUUUGAGGAAGAAAAAAAAAUGCACAAAGGAGAAGUGGGAAACCAAAAUCUUCCAACUCAUACUGGAAAUAACUAGCGUUCUUACAGUGAAUAUCGGAUAUGAGGAUAGAAAAAUAGCCCUUAAGUGCUCAGCUGAGGAGUUUGUAUACUAGGUAUUGGAAGUGACUAUUACAGAAUAUUAGGCACUGGUUUCUGAAUACACAUGGUAAGAUUAAAAGACUAUAAACAAACUGGUAUUCAUAUUCUGGACAUGUUGGGGAGAUGGACAAUGGUGAAAGAAAAUUUUAUAUAGCAGUCCAAACUUGGAGUGAUUUAGUUACUACACGUCUAAAUUCAUUAGUACCUUUUUUGUGGGGGUAUUGUUUUCUAUUUAGAAAUCCUGAUGCUAUAGCUGUGCCUGCACAGCAUAAAGCAGGAACAACAAAAAAUCAUAGUAAAUGUAAAAAUACCAGUCUUAUUAGCAAAAAGACAAAUCUAAUAUGUGGGACCAACUACAAAAGCAACUGGCAUGGGCUCUUUAAAAAACUAAUGCUGGGAGGAGGAAAGGAAGACUCUUAAAAACCAUGUAAGAGACAAAACCCAAUGUGUCAACCUUAAAUACACAACGUGUGAACCAAAAAAAAAAAGUUACAGAUGACAGGAUUAUUGAGGCAAUUCAGUUAUGAACUGAAUAUUAGUAUCUGAGGUUGAGAGAAUGGUAUUCUAAGGAGAUGAAUGCUAAAGCAUUUAGAGAUGAUGCCUAAUUUGUUUGAAACAGUUCAUGGGAAAAAAAUGGAUAAAAUAAAAAACCAUUCUUCAGUCUAACUGAAGAUACUGUACUCUUUCCUGAUGUUUAAGUUCUUCCUGACUAAAUUGGGGGUGAACUGAAGGAAAAUACUGAUCUUUAUACUUUGCCCUUAUAGGUUAAGUUCUAUUUUGAGUAAAUUAGUUGUAUCACAAAGGCAAACUAAAGCAGACGUGACAAACUAAAGCAAACGUGAAAAGGCACAUUUUAAACAAUAUAUUUUUACAUAUGUUCAUGAAGUUUUUAUUUCAUAAAAUGAUAUUCUUGAUAAACAGAAGAAACACAGGCCAGAGCAAUGAUGGAGAACAGGGAUUGUCAAAUUCUACUCUGUAAAGGGCCAAAUAGAAAUUUUUAAUCUUUAUGGUCCAUGUAGUCUUUGGUCUUUAUUCCAACUAUUAAAUUAUGUUGUACUGCGAAAGCAGACAAUGUAGUGGUGUUCAUUCAGUAAAACUAAAAAGCAGGUUAUGUGCCAGUUUGCUGACCUCUGAUUAGGAGCAUGUUUUUGUCAUUAAGUAUAGACAUGUUACCUCAAAGUGAUCUUAAUUCUUAGCUAGGAUUUGUUGGUAUUCCCAUUCUUUGCUAGGAUUUAACCUCACAAAGACAAAAGAGCUAAUGCUCCAAGUACUCUUAUUUUCAGAUUUCCACAUAAUAUUAAGGAGAGAUGAAAGCAAACAGGAAAAAAGUUAGGAACUUCACACCAUACCAGGAAGCGAAUGAUGGAAAAGAACACUGGCCUAAGAGCCCUGAGGUCUGCAAAUUGUUCACAACAAUGUAUUCUGACUCUAGCAGGUGUGUCUAGCCCAGGCUUGGCUUUGGCUAAGUGAUUUCUGGGGUCCUUUUAUCAAUUUUACUAAAAUACCAGAAAUGAAUUCAGCUUUAUGGGUCUAGAAUUUGGCAUUAAAUUCCAAGCACUAAAAAACAUCUUUUUUAGUUAAGCAAGGUUCUAGUACAGCACUAAUAUUAAAAUGUAUAUGAAAUAUUUAAAUGUAUGUGUAAUUUACCAAAAUACUACAAAAGUAUAUGCUUCCCUUUUAAGGAAGUUUCUCAUAAGUAAUAAAGUUUGCAGAUACUAUUUCAAUAUUAAGGUGGCUAAAUGGAAAACCAGGAAAUUUUUAAGAAAACUUCUUUACACUCAUAGAUGAAUUUCUUGCUCUUAAGGAAAGAAAAAGUGGGUAGUUUUAACAGGGUUUUGUGCUUUACCUAGCUAGAAACAAAGCAAGAAGCCUAGAGCAGUCUGAUUGAAUGGAAAAACUCCAGACAAAAGCUAUAUUCCGGAGAAGAAAUGAUAGAGUAAAACACCAAAGUUCUCAGGCUCGCAGGGCUUCAAGGAUUUUGUGAAAUCAUAUGAAAUUUUUUGUAUUUUUAUGAAUUAAGGGUUUAUGGUAAGCAGCCAUCAAAAUCAUAAAGGGAUCCUUGACACACUUCUAUAUUUACUACGUUACCAGCUUUCUUAUUUAGCCACUUACCUUUUAGAAACCUUUACUCCAAACAGCAAACCACACACUAUCUUUUAGUGUGUGGACUAAAGAUUUAGUUUGUGGUGAUAAACCUCAGUACUUGAGAAUGUUAUAGCAAAAAUUCAAGCAUUAAUAUGUAUUACCUGAAGCUUUUCUAUUUCUGUCUUUGCAGCUUGCCUGGCUUUGCCAAUGGCACAGCCCCAAUAACCCUAUGUAAAAAGAACACACACAAAAAAAUACAUGUAUCAUUCUAUUAAAUUAAUAUACUCUCAUAAAUUAUUAAUGAUUACUGAUGUUUAUAUUUAAAGGUUAAUGAAAGGAUGUCAAAUGACUUUUAAAAAUCACAAACACAUUCUAAUGACCACUAAGGGGCUCAAAAAAUUAAAAUACCAAACUUAAUUCUACAGUAAUCUGGCUUAUUUUUUAUUAGAGGUAUACCAAAGGAAAACAUGUUGUUAUAUAUACUUUAUGAACUCCAGACAUUUCAGAGGGUAGGAAGGAAUAAAACUGUAGCAUGAUGGUGAAAGUGAAGUUAUUUUUUAGAGAAGAAUAAUAAUUCCUAUUCAAUACACCCUAAUUUAUUAUUUGUAUUGUAAAGGUUUUUUUUUUAAUUGAAGGUAAGAAUGGCCAAUUAACACUUGUAAUUAGUUUUUUUUAAUUACCGAACCCCACAAAAUCUCGGAAAACAAAGUAAUAAAAGGUCCAAAUCCUUUUUUAUAAGGGAAGAUGUAUUCAGUUUUAAGAUACUCGUAAUAGAGUAAAUGAAGGAAAUACCACAGUGAAAACUUCAUGCAAUUUCUAUAAACAGCAUAUUGAAAGCCAAAAAAAACUUUCUCCUGCCUAAUAUCCACAGGUUAUUAUUAUUAAUAAACACAGUUACUCCCCUUGAAUGAAUUGUAAAGAAACGUCUGUAGCCCAAAUAUAUGCUUUUAAGUGCUAAUGAGAUAACCAUUAAACUUGGAAAUAGAAUUUCAUGAUUCAAAAUUACUCACAUACGAAACUCCUGAUGGGUCAAUCAUGUAGAGUUGUGCACUGUCAUUCACACUGUAAGACCCUAACAUGAAACUGCAUAAAAGUAAAUUAAUACUUUAAACACCACAGUCCUUAAUACCAUAAAAGUAUGAUUAAAAUAGUGAUAAAAUUAUACUUUAUAACAUAAACUAUGAAUAUACAGGCAUUAUCUUGGAGAUAUUUGUAGAUUCACUUCCAGGGCACCACAAUAAAGUUUCCGUUACAAUAAAGUGAGUCAUGAAUUUUUUGUUCUCUCAGUACAUGUUAUAUUUACACUAUACUGUACUCUAUUAAGCUUUAUAAUAGCAUUAUGUCUUUAAAAAAAACUGUAAAUACUUUAACUAAAAAACUUUAUUGCUAAAAAAUGUUCAUCCUCCAAAGUGCAGUAAACUGAAGAGCAAUAAAACAAGGUAUGCCUGUACAUAAAACUUGCAGUAAGCAUGCCAAUAAGGCAGUUUCAAUAAAAACUACACAUACUUGAAAUUGUUCAAAAUUCAUGUGGCUGUGUGUGUUUAGUAUUAAACUUUCUGAUGAAACUUCACUGGGAGGAUAGCACCAUACACAAAGAUGUAAUAGUAAAUGGAAAACUAAUAAAGGGCCCAAUAGGUAAAGGCAUACACACGAAAAAGUAAAGAUAACCAAAUUCCUGAUGUGCAUUCACUGAAUCUACCUCAAAUUCCUACUCCACCCUUCAUGUUUGGCCAUUCCUCAGUAUUCCUCCAAUAAUUUUUCUGCAGUAAUGUAAAUUGAUUCAAUACAUUUUUAUAUGCUCAACAAAUUAAAACUGGGUUAUAAAAUGACCAUAUGAAUUGCAAUUUUCUGAAAUUGUGUUUUCUUUGCCCUAGAAGUAGAAACCAGCCCCAUCUUACAUAUUUCAUGUACAAUAUACUGUAACAGUCAACUUUACCAAUUCCCACCUCUACUAUCAUUCCCUUCCAUCUUACAUAAUGCUGAGACUUACCUUUCAGAAUAUGUAACUGUUCAUUAUUUUAAAACCCUUCAAUGUUUCCUUAGUAUAGAUCACAGGCUUCUGUAGGAUCUAGCCACGUUUUACAUCUUCAUCCAAACCUAGUAUCCUACCUGACUACCUCUUCAUUACCUGAAGAUACCCAUGUAGAUUCAUACUAGUUUCUACUAGAAAUACUUUACCAUUCCCCCUACACAUCAACAAUCUUUUCCUUGCCACCUCUCCAGAGAGAGGUAUUCCCUAACUGGUGCCCCACUAUACUCAGUAGGUAUCUAUCACAUCACCUCUAAAACUUUCACACAAUGACUCACCUUUGUGUUCCCUCCCCACUUUUUUACUAACUCACAGUAUAUCUCAAUAAAUGUUUGCUGAAAAAGUUCUCUUCUCCCUACUAUUCUUACUCCCUUAAAAAGAGAACAGAUAAAUUCAGAGCUCAGUUGAAAGGUUAAAAAUGAAAGGUAUUCUGUAAAGUCUGAAAGCUAAGUGUUUUAUAAGGUAUUUUAUGUAAGACCCCUAAGAAAUAAUAUGAAGAAUAUGUGUAGCAUACUGAUGAUAGAAUAAAUUCAGGUUUUCUCUUAACACUUGUCCUUAUUACUUUAAAUGUGGCUAUUAUAAUCAACUCGAGGUAGGACUAUAGCUAAUAAACUUUCUACCACCUUUAACAGUGGCAAGCACUCAGAUGUAUUUUAUUGUGAUUAAAAAUGACUUUUAAGAAGUUACAAAUAUGUCUU